AUGAAAAUCGAUAUGAAGACAUUGGUGAGUACGGGCGCUUUGUUACAAAGCAUGCCUUUAAGUUUAGGUGGGGGAUAUGAAGAGGCCGGAGGAAGUGGGGUCGACGUUAUUAGUGGAGUUGGUGGAGUUAGUGGAGAACCGCAUGGGCCGGUUCGGUGGAGUGAGAGGAGUGACGAGAGAAAUGGUAAAGACAGGGAGCUGUUAGCGGUAGAAGAGAAUGAAUUCGAACUUGAGCAGCGCAUACAGUCCCUAGAAGAUUCCGGAAUAGAGGAUGAGGGUAGUGAUAGUGUGAGCGAGGAUGAGCUAGCCAUGGCUUUGCCGUCAAAGGUGCGACCGAAGCGACGUGUAGCCUUUACCGAAGCAGAAGCUAGAUGGAAACAAGCUAUUCCUGUAUCUAUAUUGAGAGAUCAUAAUAAUCUGGUCGAAAAGUAUGGAAGCUUUAUGACGAAGACACAGCCAGAACGAAAAGGCGCGCCUUUAGUAGACAUAACUGUAUCCGCUGAACAGAUUCCUGUUUACUUGAAGUACUUUAACUCUCUGUUGGCCCAUUUGGACCAUGUGGCGGCUAACCACACAACUAACGUAGUUGGUCCCCUUGAUAAGGUUUAUGGCGAAUGGACGAGCCAUAUUAUGAAAGAGUGUUCUAUUUGUGCGUUUGAUGAGUCAGUCAAUAGAUAUAGGCGCCAGGGAUGGAAAGAUGUGGUGGGAACCUUUUACAAUGGACUAGGGGUUCACUACUUGUUCUACCAGGCCUUAUAUGUUCUGAAUGAAAAUGUUAACCAAGAGAGAAAUAAGGUUGGAUUGAACCUUGCAGCGAAGAAGACCUUGCCGACAGACCUACCUUCCCGACUGGACGAUCUAUUGAAUAUGGCCGUAAGGUUCUACCAUCACAAGCAGGAUCGGCUUUGGAGGUCGUUGUGGCGCCGAAGUACUAAGAAAGACAGUGACCGUAAGGUCAUUCAGAAAGGAAUCGCGCUAAUUCAAGAGCGGCAGUCUAAGGGAGAGACUGUUACAGUGUACGACAAAGCGGCUUUCCAGGCUAUAGUUAGGCUGGAAGAAAUCAGACUGUUCUUGCUGCAGCUCAGUGCAACGGCCACCCAGCUGGCCAAAUUGCCGGGAGAAGAGAGGUACUUCACUCACAUGAAGAUGCCCUAUAGCAACAACAAACAUUCGAUGGUGGAUUCUUCGGCGUAUGAAGCUGCUAAAGAAACCAUUAAUGGCCUGGCCGAUAAAAUUCGUUGCCGUGUCUCUGAAUUAGUCCGUUUGAUCCCAGCUGCCCGCGAACCAAGCUACAUUAGCUAUGACAUUACAACUCUACCAACAGAACAGCAGUACACGGAGCUUUCUCGCUGGCUUAAGAGUAUGCUGAAUAGCAAAAUAGACUUGGUCACUCUCAUCAUCACAAAUCUUCGGACCGCCGCCACUAACUACCUAAAACACUGUCAAGAAGCCAUCUCCCCUCAUGCUGGAAAAGGCCAAGAACUUACUGAUGUACUGAAUGAACACCUGACAGAAACGAAUAAGUACAUCCAACGUGAACAAAAAGCGAUAUUAGAAAUCAGCAACUCUAUUAAAGCGGCCGGCGUCCAUAUCGCUGCGGACGAAUUUGGUUACUGUUAUCAGACUAAACAUGAAAGAUGGCAUAGAUGUUUGGACAAUAGUCAGCAAGCUAAACUAAAGUGGAAGGACCUCAUUGGAGUAUACUAUAGUGACCAAGAAUGCCAACGGAUUGCGCCUCCUCUUCCUAUCAAAAACUAUUCUAACACUGCAGAAUCUACUACCACUGAGUUACCCAUUGCUCCGCCUCGAGUCUACAAUCGCCCUUCUUCUCGGCCGCAACAUACCUACGUACCCAGUCACCCCUACCAGCAACCUGGCUAUUCCGGCGCCAGCCGACCUGGUUCAGGUAAUAGCUACACUUAUCACCAUCCAAGUCCACCAUCUUCUCAGCAACCUGGCUAUCCCAGCGCCAGCCGACCCAGUUCAGGCAAUAGCUACACUUAUCACCAUCCAAGUCCACCAUCUUCUCAGGGAUCUGGCUAUUCCGGCGCCAGCCGAUCUGGUUCAGGUAAUAGCUACUCUUAUCACUAUCCAAGUCCAUCCCCUCCAGACGAAAGAAACAACCGACCAUUAUCCGGCCAAUCUUCUACUCCAAAGGUAAUAACCACCGACACUAACAUCAAUCUGACUCCUAGUGCCAAUAAGAGCUCUAAAGACAGUGCCGUUAAGAUAGAUGAUAAUGUUAACCAAACAAAGCCUGACAAGCCAGAAAACCCCGAUGGAUCUAAACAAAGCACGGUACAUAAGCCAGCCACCAACCCCAAUAAGGCUACUACAGCCAAUGCAUCCGCCAAGACGAAUACAACAUAUACAGCCAAUGCAUCCGCCGAGAAGAAGAUAAUAACGGUAAACAAACCACUUGUCAAGACGGAUAAACCCCCUACAAACAAACCACUUACCACGACGGAUAAGCCCCUUACUACAACCGAGAGCAUCGCCGAAGCAAUUACAGAGCCCACAGAACCACUUACCACGACGGAUAAACCCCCUACCACAACCGAGGGCAUCGCCGAAGCAAUUACAGAGCCCACAGAACCACCUACCACGACGGAUAAGCCUCCUACCACAACCGAGGGCAUCACCGAAGCAAUUACAGAGCCCAUAAAACCCAUCACCGAAGCCAUUAUACCGCAUAUUCCAACUCCCGAAGAAGAGCUUAAUCAAACUCUAUCUGGCUCAGACUUUAGUUCAUACAAAGACCUUGUUACUAACAUUCAUGAGAUUCAGCGAAUACUCAGCGACCCAACUGUACCACCUAAAGACCUCCAAUGCUUUACCUCAUUCCUUAAUGAUUUUGCCCAUAUCAUUCAAACCAGCGAGCCCAUAAGCUCAUUCACUGGUAUGCUGUCUCCCAAUCAAACCACCCCAACCCUGGCCAAGCUCAUCAACACACACAAUCAGAAUCUAAAGGAAUUAGAAACAAUCAAUGAUGCCAUUGACAUAAACAACAAGGAUAUCUUGGCCAUUAAUGCCAGCUACCAUGAAGCCACCCAAACAAUAGACCAGAAAACUAGCCAAAUCACCCAAAACAAUAUAAAACUUGACGAUCUCAUCAAUCAAAACAAGCAAGCCGAACAAGCCGCCACAGAUCUCUGGGCUACUGUCCAAAACAAACGCCACCAGAUAAGCAACCUCACCUCUUCUAUUGCCCAGGCCACCGACCUCAGCAACCAACUCCAACAGCAACUCACUGACCUUGGUGCCACCCUCAACAAUACCUUGCCACAAAUAGAAAAGACCAAAGUCCAACUCCAAGAGCUUGACAAAUCCCAAGAGCUCCAGACCUCCCAGGCCCAACUCAACCAGCUCAAAGAGGAUCAAGCCCUGCUAAGAGACAAGAUUCGGUUGUUAGGCUCCAUCAUCGAAAUUGCCGACUUCAUCGAAUCCCUUCGACUUCGAGCUAGUCCAGCUCUCUCUCCUGAAGUUGCUCUCAGACAAGACAUUGAAUCUCUAGAUCGCCUCAAUACUACCCACUCCGACCUGCUCUUCCAACGAGCUCUCACCGACCCAGCCCUCAAUGAAACCAUGACCCAGCUAUACAACAACUACCUCUCUUCCCACCAGGAUGCCCAGGACACAGCCAGCGAACUUCAAAAGCAAAUCAGCAAUAACCAAGACUGCCAAAAGCGCCAGGAAGAUCUCGAGAAACAGCACAAGGACCUACAAAAGGAACAAGAAGACCAACGUGCGCUCUUCACGACAACACUAGAAAACCUCGCGCAGGAGAAGGCCAAGUGCAUGGAGAACACCGCCAAAAACACCAAAAAAGCCGAAGCCAUCUCCCUUUCUCUUGAUUACCAACAAGUCCUCUGCAGUCUCAUCCACGAUGUUUAUUCCUGGGCCACUACUCUAGCCAACCAGCUCAAAAAUACCUCUAACAAGCUCGUUCAUCUGAGCACCCCGCUUGCUCCAUCUCUAAUGACUAAACUCUACCAAACCCUUCCGGAAACCAACCAGGAAUUCUUCCACUAUCUUAUCCAGUCACCAUCUGCCUUAUCUCCGUACUCCCAAGACAUUCCCGCAUACCUUUCCAAAUCAGCUCAGGUCAAUGAUGUCUGUUUAAACACCCAGCAGAUGGUCAAUACAACCCUCAAGAUUCUUAACGACGCCAACCAAUUUCUAAUUGGGCAGCAUCUACACCUGCAUGUUCUUCCCGACGACAGUAUGGCCAAAACCAAGUGCCUAGCCGAAAUAACCAAAGCCUGGGACCAGCGAUCCUUUAACUGCCCCCCUGCACUCCGCGCCAACGCCAAUAUACCCAAACGCACCAAACCUAACAAGUCCCAAGAUUGCAACUUCAAACUCUAA